UUCAGAGGCGCCACUGGACCCUGCGGAAUGAUGCUCAGAGUCAGCUAGUCUCAAAGGCGCUCCUCAGCGUGUUUACCGUGUGCCAAGGACUGUCCUAGGCAUGAGCCAGACAGUGGUGAGGAAAACACAAAGCCCUGUCCUACUGGCGCUCCGGGUACAUAAGGAACAGACAAAUAAGCGAGCUAUAUAUAUAUAUAUAAUAUUAAAGAAAUUCUGGUGGAGUUCGAGUUCCAUCGGCCCCCCAUCCGGGCCACCCUGCCGCCUUAGCGGCUGCUCCUCCCCAGAAUGCUUAUGCCUAAGAAGAGGCUUGCCAUUUAUGAACUCCUUUUUAAGGAGGAAGUCACCGUGGUCAAGAAGGAUGUCCACCUGCCUAAGCACCUGGAACUGGCAGAUAAGAAUGUGCCCAACGUUCAUGUCAUGAAGGCCAUGCAGUCUUUCAAGUCCGGAGGCUACUACAUGAAGGAACAGUUUGCCUGGAGACAUUUCUACUGGUACCUUAUCAAUGAGGGUAUCCAGUAUCUUCGUGAUUAUCUUCAUCUGCCCCCAGAGAUUGUGCCUGCCACCCUACACUGCAGCCGUCCAGGGACUGGCAGGCCUAGUCCUAAAGGUCUGGAGGGUGAGCGACCUGCAAGACUCACAAGAGGGGAAGCCGACAGAGAUACAUACAGAGGGAGUGCUGUGCCUCCUGGUGCUGACAAGAAAGCCCAGGCUGGGACUGGGUCAACAACCGAAUUCCAGUUUACAGGCGGAUUUGGUCAUGGACGCCGUCAGCCACCUCAGUAAAAUUGAAAAGGAUUAUUUUGCAUUGAAUAAACUUACAGUCAAAAAACUUAAAAAAAAAAAAAAAGAAAAAAAUUAUAUGAUGUCGCAAAUGACCCCGUUGCAAUGAUCAUACAGGUUUUUUUCCUUUGAUAGUUUGUACUACUUUAAUAGUUUUUUCUUUUAUUACAUCAUCUUAAUUUCCUAAAAACGACAACGUGGUCGUGAUACAUGUUUAAUCCAUUGCUGGAUUAUUUGCUAAUAUUUUAUUUAGCAUUUUUGCAUAUAUGUCCAUAAGAAGUUAGUCUAUACUUUUACCUCCUUGUACUAUUGAUGUCUGGUUUGGUAUUAAGCCUACACUAAAUUCACAAUGAGUUGGGGAGAAUACCAUUUGCUUCUUUUUCUGAAAGAUGAUGUAGGCUGGGCACUGUGGUUCAUGCUUGUAAUUCU